AUGGAAAACGACGAAAUUGGUAACGAACUUGUUAGAUUGGAUAGUGGAUUUAUGGUGGAUGAAGACACAUACGUAUUAAAUUCCGAUGAUGUCUUAGAGGAAGAAAACAAUUCUGAUUCUAACUGUGGAGGAAAGAAUGCCCCUCUUAGAGAGCAAGAUCGUUUCCUGCCAAUAGCAAACAUAGCAAAAAUCAUGAAAAGGGCUAUACCUGAAAAUGGAAAGAUAGCGAAAGAUGCAAGAGAAUGUGUACAAGAAUGCAUAUCAGAAUUCAUUUCCUUUGUUACGAGUGAAGCUAGUGAUAGGUGUCAAGUUGAGAAACGGAAAACAAUCAACGGUGAAGAUGUUCUCUUUGCAAUGAACACUUUGGGAUUUGACAAUUAUGUGGAACCAUUAAAAUUGUACCUGAAAAAAUUUAGAGAAACUGCCUUAUCACCUGUAACCAUAAACAAACUCAAUAAAAUAGUGGUAUAUGGAGGAGGUAAGAUAUUUAUUGAUUCUUCAUAAAUCGCAAGCGUCUAUUCUAUAGGUCAUGGUAGCUGCUUACCAUCAGGGGGCCAAUCGCCUUAUGGGAUUGUUAUGGUUAUAGCUAUCGCUUACGAUUUCAUUUAGUUAUUUCUGACCGCCGAAGAUUUUCAAAUACCUCGCGUUCGUUCUUUCUAUUGCAUUGGUAAUAACAAUAUCAAAGAAAAUGAGCGUGAGGUAUUUGAAAACCUUCGGUGGUCAGAAAUAACAAAAUGAAAUCGUUAGCGAAGCCAUAGCCAUAGCAAUUCCUUUAGGCAAUUGACCAACAGACGAGCCAUAAGGUUGUUUACCAACCUUUAAAAAUAAAAAAAAACUUUUUCGAAUAUUGCAUACCCUAGUCUCAUUUCUAGAAGGAAUUAGCAGAAAUACUUCUGCCAUUUUCUUCUUGAAUUGAGACUAGGAUAUGCUAUAUUCCAAAAUAGCUUUUUCUUGUUGUUGCCUUUAAUUUUUAAGUCUAAUCCAACAUGAUUGAUGUUAAAAUCCGGCAGCGAGAUGUAUCAUUCGGAAAGCUAGCAUCCCAACAGUUGUACUUAAACGUUGUUCAGCAGAGUUGUCUCUUAUGCUUACGCGCUUGUACCAUCUCUCGUACUCUUUGUAGCGUGUGCCGAAGACUUGGAGAGAUACCAAUGUGUCGGUACCUAAAAAGGGGACCGCUCAGAUCCGGCCAACUACCGGCCGAUAGUUGUCACCUCAUUAUUGCGCAGAAAGGAUCCAUAACUGAGUAAAGAAUUUUUGACUUUUGACUUAUAUCCAUCUGACCCGCUACCUAGAGGACCACUCUCUGAUUAACGAUCGUCAAUACGGAUUUUGGCCAAAACGAUCGACGGGUGACCUUCUAGCAUAGGUGACAUAUCAGAGUUGAGGUUAUUGACAAAAGGGGUGCGCCUUUGGCUAUCGCCUAUGUAUAUAUAUAUAUUUGACGCCUUGAUGCCAAGGCUUUCGCGACAGGAUUUGGCACAAAAGCCUGCUCUCUAAUCUUCCUGCAUGCGGUCGGCCUGCUCUUUCUCAGGCAAUAAUAUUCGCGAUUAUGUACUUCCGCGGGGGAGACCAACAGUCCCAAGGUGGCGUUGGGUUUUUGGUGAAUAAGUCCCUUGCCGAUAACGUUAUGGAAAUAUCCAGCGUGUCGAACAGGGUAGUGUACCUUAUUAUAAAGCUCACCGAGAGGUAUAGCCUCAAGGUGGUGCAAGUGUACGCACCGACCUCGACACACUCGGACGACAAAGUGGAGGAUAUGUUCGAUGAUAUAUCGAGGGCCCUCCACUCCACUACUAAGACCCACUACAACGUUGUUAUGGGGGACUUCAACGCUAAAGUGGGAGUACAGAAUUGCAGCGAAUCGGUAGUAGGAUCCCAUGGAUUUGGAAGCAGAAAUCAUAGGGGGCAAAUGCUCGUCAACUUCCUCGAACGGGAGGGGCUCUUCUUGAUGAACUCUUUCUUCAAGAAACAACCCCAAAGGAAGUGGACGUGGCAAAGCCCCGACACUAUGACUAAAAAUGAGAUCGAUUUCAUCAUGACGGACAAGAGGUACAUAUUCAGAGACGUCUCAGUGAUCAACAGGUUCAAUACCGGUAGUGAUCACCGACUCGUCCGGGGCUCUUUGAAUAUCAACUUUAAGGCCGAGCGCGUCCGUUUGAUGAAAUACAGGGUCCAACCUACUCUGCUCCAAUCUAUAACAGGGUCUGAAACGUUCCAGUCAAAUCUGGAGAACCGAUUUGCUGCCGUGGAAACCACAACAGACGUAAACCAAAACCUCGAAAAUGUGGUUCGGAUCCUCAGGGAAGAGGGUACGAGAUUAUGUGCAACGCAGCGUAAGGGCAGGAAGUCAAAGCUUUCGGAAGAGACUUUAGGGCUAAUGAAGGAACGACGUGAAAAUCCACCCGUCACUUCGUCGGCAAAGCGGACUCUAAACCAAGAGAUCAGUAAGCACGUACGACGCGACCUCCGGUGCUCCAAUACUCUCUCGAUCGAGAGAGCGAUCGAGCAGAAUCGAGGAUCCAAAGUGUUCGUACAAUCUCUUGGAAGAAGCCAUCUGACGAAGUUGACCACAGCAAGUGGGGAAGUUGUUGCUUCAAAGCCGGCAGUUCUUUCGGAAGUGGAAGACUUCUACAGCCAGUUGUACGCAUCACAUGCAUCUCGACCCGAUCCCGGAAAUGAGGAUUCUAGAGCCACAUUAACACGCCACUUCACCGAAGACCUGCCAGAAGUUAGUAUUGGCGAAAUCGAAAUUGCUCUUGGACAGCUUAAAAAUGGAAAAGCCCCUGGAGAGGAUGGUGUUUCAACAGAACUCUUAAAGGCUGGAGGUAAACCCGUACUGAGGGAGCUCCAAAAGCUUUUCAACACUGUCCUGUUCGAAGGGAGAACUCCGGAGGCGUGGAGUAGGAGUGUGGUUGUCUUGUUCUUUAAAAAGGGGGACAAGACCCAACUUAAGAACUAUCGACCCAUAUCCCUUCUAAGCCACGUCUAUAAGCUGUUCUCAAGAGUGAUCGCGAACCGUCUUGCGCGAAGACUUGAUGACUUCCAACCACCGGAACAGGCUGGGUUUCGGAGCGGAUACGGCACCAUAGACCACAUACACACAGUGCGGCAGAUUAUACAGAAGACUGAAGAGUACAAUCAGCCCCUGUGCCUAGCAUUUGUGGACUAUGAGAAGGCCUUUGACUCGAUUGAAAUCUGGUCUGUUCUGGAGUCCCUGCAGCGUUGCCAAGUCGACUGGCGAUACAUCCAAGUGAUUAGAUGUCUGUACGAAGCCGCCAACAUGUCUGUCCAAGUACAGAAUCAGCAAACAAGUCCCAUACCAUUGCAUCGUGGAGUGAGACAAGGGGACGUUAUUUCCCCGAAAUUGUUCACUAAUGCAAUGGAGGAUAUGUUCAAGACGCUGAACUGGAAAGGACGUGGCAUCAACAUAAAUGGCGAACGCAUCUCUCACUUGCGAUUUGCAGACGACAUCGUCAUCAUGGCAGAAACCCUGCAGGACCUACAACAGAUGCUGAAUGACCUGGCUGACUCUUCUAUACGCAUCGGCCUACGGAUGAACUUGGAUAAAACCAAGGUCAUGUUCAAUGAACAUGUUCUACCGGAACCGAUUGCAAUACACGGUG